AGUGACUCCAACAUCUCCUUUGUAUAUUUAUCGACUUCUAACCGAGUUAAAUUUAGAUCCUUACAGAAAUAAAUUUAGAGCUCAACAGUUUUCUUGGCCAAAUAAACUCUAAUCAUGUUCAACGUUAAAUACACGGUGAAUUGUAUCUUUUUGGUGAUAAUUUUCGGGAAAUUAGUGAAUUCGAAAGAGAGAGAAAACCAAAAAGAACAAAGAAAGCUCGUUGGGAACUGGGCCAAUACAUUAGGGGACCAAUUAUACCAUUUAGGAUUAAUUAUAACUAAACAAAAGGAAAUAAAGCAGUUAUAUGUGCUAAAUAACGCUCAGGUUAGCGCCAAAAAUGCGACCCUUUUGCUUUCAAACAUCACGGAUAACGUGCAUAGAAUGUUUCAACGGAAAAUGGAUGCUAUUCAGUGUGUUCGUAUGAAAGCUGAAGAGGCCGUGGAGGGUUUUGAUAAAAAUAUCACCAUGGAUGAGUAUAAUUAUACAAGCUCGAAAUAUUCCGGGAUAAACGAGUCUUACGAAAAUGAAAUGUAUUUGCCGAUGAAGUUAAACAGCGAUACGCAUUUUUAUAACAUUGAGGUUGAUACAGAUAAAAGCUCGAUUCAUGUGCCGAUGAAUAUUUUCGAUAGACAUAAAGAACCAAAAAUAGCCGUACAAUGGUCGGAAGAGCUCGAUUCAGUAUUUAAAAACAAUUAUCAAUCGGAUCCCUCACUUUCUUGGCAAUACUUUUGCAGUUCCUCCGGAGUAAUGCGGCAUUACCCCGCGAAAAAGUGGAUUUACGACGAAAACACCGAUAUUUUCGAUUGUAGAAUUAGAACUUGGUAUAUCGAAGCAACAACAUGCACUAAAGACGUUGUAAUUUUGCUCGAUAAUUCGGGGUCGAUGGAAGGAAUGAAUUCUCAUAUAGCCUCUUUAACGGUUUACAGCAUUUUAGAUACUUUAUCGAAUAACGAUUACAUCAACAUAAUGAGUUAUUCGCAAGGUUUUAACUACACCGUACCAUGUUUUGAAGGGUUAAUGAUGAAGGCGACGAGCGAGAAUAUCGAAAAAUUUAAGGAAGCGGUUCGAUUAUUAAAUCCGAAUGGAAAAACCAACGUUGAAAGCGCCUUAAUUGAAAGUCUAAAUAUAUUAAAAAAAUAUCGUGGUAAAAGGAAUUGUAGCGAAACGGAUCCUUGCAACCAAGCCAUUAUGAUUAUCACCGAUGGUGUUACAAAAAACUACACGAAUUUAUUGCUGAAAUAUAACAGCUUUGAGAAUGGGACUCGACCCCCUGUAAGAAUUUUUACGUACUUAAUAGGAACGGAAGCAACGGCUGAAAGAGAAAUUAGGGAAAUGGCUUGUAGAAAUCGAGGUUAUUACAGCCACAUCGAUACAUUAGAACAAGUAACAAAAUCAGUUUACGAAUACGUAAAGGUGAUUGCACGUCCCUUAGUGUUACAAGGAACAGAGCACCCAAUUUCUUGGACCCACGCCUACGCAGACCCUGCAAGCGUUGAAAACGGCCAUAUCCGCUUAUUAACUUCAGCUGCGAUUCCCACGUUCGAUGGGGAACAACUUUUAGGAGUCGCUGGAACCGAUGUUCCAAUUGAUGAACUCAAAAAAUUAACUUAUCCUUACAAUAUCGGCGUUAACGCACACGUUUUUAUCAUCAGUAAUAACGGAUACAUCAUCGUACACCCAGCAUGGAGACCAAUCUUUUGGGAAAAAAAAUUAAAAACAAAUUACAACAGCGUCGAUUUAACCGAAGUUUUAUUGUUAGAUGAUGGGCAAGGUCCCCGAGUGAUUGGGGAUCAAAUCUUGGAGUUACGAGAGGCUCUGUUAACCGAACGAGAUGAAACGGAAAUGCUUAAUGUCUCGCUAAAAUACCAUUACAAUGAUAUGCAACGCGUUGCUCGAGAACAAUUCGAUUUUUAUUGGAAAGAUUUAGCUGAUACUCCAUUUACCGUCUCAUUGGCAAUCUCGAAACAAUACGGAUACUUCUCAAUUCAAGUUCCCAAUGAAAUAAAAAGAACCCGACACACCGGGGAACCAUUUAAAAAUUUUUUUGCCGGCACAAAUUGGAAGGUGCAUCCUCGUUGGGUUUAUUGUAAAUAUCAUUAUUUAGAAGGACACGAAUUUAAUAGCCCUGAAGAUGAGUUGUUACACUUUUUGGAUCGGAUGCCGAAUCGGACAUUUAAAUGGACCCAACAAUACGUCGAUUUAGGGGAAACUGACGAAUCGGAACGCUGUAAUAAACAAACCUUAGGGCACGAUGAUUAUUUUUGCGAUGAGGAAUUAAUUAAAAUGCUUAUUUUCGAUGCUCGGUGCACGAAAGUCGCGUUCGGGGAACCGUGGCAUUUUAUGAACGACCGAGAGAUAUCCCUUUUUGAACGAUUCAAUGCUACUUUACGGUUUGUUGCUACGAUGAGUGGAUUAACGCGUUGGGAAUACAUUUUUGGGGAAGGAAACGAAACUAAAAAGGAAUUUGGUGAUUACCACGCGAAAGCUCAAGAUGAAACUUGGUAUAAAAUGGCCGUUUUACAACAUCAAUAUGACCCGGAGUCAUUCGUUUACUCAGUUCCGGUCGAUCCGAUGGAAGAAGCUUUAUCAGAUAUGUCGGUAACGGCAAGUUAUGCGAUUUUCGUUAAAGACGCCGGGAUGGAGGCCCCUGCAUCUGUAGUUGGGUUUCAAUUCGCGUUAGAAGCGUUAACCGCGAGAUUCUUUGAGAUUACAAGUGCAAAAAUAGAAUGUAAAGAAUGCAAAAUUUGCGAAGAUUCCCCCGAUGGAUUAGAUUGUUUCAUAAUUGAUCACUCCGGUUAUAUAAUAGCCUCGUCGAAUUUAUCGAAUACGGGGGUGUUUUUUGGAAAAAUUUAUGGUGCGGUGAUGGAAAGGAUGUUGGAGGAAGGAAUUUACGAGCAAAUCACUUUGUAUGAUUACCAAGGGGUGUGCACCCAAAAUGGAACUCAAGGCCGCCCGGUUGCUGUGAGCGAAAGAAAAGAGAAUCGGAUAGAAUCGGAAGAUCUAAGUUAUUUUCCCUGCGACCAAAGCAAAACUUUAUAUAUUUUAAAUCAAAGGAAAUUUAUUUACGCCGAUUCUAACGAUGAUUUAACAACGAGCUGUUUUAAUGAUUUUUAUGUGAAAAGAAUUAAACUUUCGAACCUUUUAUUGAUCGCCGUGAAUAGAACGGCGAAGGAUUGCGAUGUUGAGGAGGUUUAUACAAAUAUCGCUAAGGAAAUUGAUUAUGAAAAUAAUACUUUGCACAUUUGCCAAAAGAAGAAUUUAAAUGAGUUGGUGCGAAGACCUUUGGAUGAUUGUUUUUAUUACAACGAGAAGGAGGAGAAUAUUACGGUUUGUGCCAAAGGGAGUAUAAUUUUAUCAUCGUUACUUUUAUGUGUUAUAGUGCAAUUAUUAUUAUUUCUUAAAUAAAUUUAAUGUUUAUAAA